AUGGGUGUCAAGAAAUCAACGAAGAAGUUCCAGCAACGACGAUUGGGCGAUGUACUCGAACGACGAAAAGAAUUCGCCAAGAUCAGGCAGCGACACCAAAUCAACGACAAGAGGAAAGUCCGAAAUGCCGAACGACGCGAGAAAGAAGCAGCCGAGAAGGUGAUUGAUCCUGAAGAACUGGCCAAGGAAAAGGCAUUUGCGGAAAUGAACGUCGAUGAUUUCUUCGCUGGGGCGUUUGAUAUCGCAGACCCUAAGAAUAGCAAAGGAAACAAGAAACAAAAGAAGGACGUGACUCCCAAGAUCGGUAAACGGAAGCGCACUGACGAAUUUGCUGAGGAUAUUGAGUCUGAAGCUGAGAGUGCCGAGGAGGAACCUGGAUCAGACUUGGAUUCGGCGCAACAGUCAGAUGCCAGUAGCGUUGGGGAUUUUGAGGAACAUAAAGGACAAUUGGAGUCGCUCAAAGAGAAAGAUCCAGAGUUCUACAAGUAUCUGAAAGAAAACGAUGCAGAACUUCUUGAUUUCGGUGAUCAUGGCGAUUUAGCUGAAGUCGAUGAGUUGAGCGAGACGGAGGAAGGGCCAGCCAAGAAAAAGAAGAAAUCCAAGGUCGCAGAAUCUGAGGCUAUGAAGGACAACAUCGUUACCAUGUCCGAGGUGAAAAAGUGGCAGAAAUCUUUGCAGGAGCAAAAUUCCAUGAGAGCCCUUCGACAAGUUGUGCUUGCCUUUCGAUCCGCAGCGUAUGUAAAUGACGCCGACAACCAGGAUACCAAAUACACCAUUUCGGAUGCCGAUGUCUACCACCAGGUUCUGAUUACGGCAUUGGAAACCGUGCCAAAGGUUCUAGCCCAUCAUUUGCCAGUCAAAGAAACCGCAGGGGGUAAAGUCAAAGUUGCAGCCGAGUCGCAGAAAUUCAAAACUCUUAGUCCACUCAUCAAAUCACACACAUCGUCUGUCCAUCAACUACUUACGAACCUAUCUGAUGCCUCUACUCUCAAGCUGACGGUUGCAUCUAUCGAGCCUAUGUUGCCAUAUCUUCUCCAGUUUAGAAAAGUAUUGAAAGUUAUUGUGAAGAUGGUGGUUAAUAUCUGGUCUGACAACACCAACUCUGAAGCUGUUCGUGUUACCGGUUUCUUGAUUAUGCGCCGGUUGAUGAAAAUUGGCGAUGCUGGAAUUCGUGAGGCUGUCCUCAAAGCGACAUACGAAGGCGUCGUCAAAGGCAGCCGAAAUACCAACGUCCAUACCCUCGCAGGAGUCAAUUUGACCAAGAAUUCCGCGGCAGAGAUCUGGGGCAUUGAUCAGAAUGUCUCAUAUACUACAGGAUUCAGCUUCAUUCGUCAGCUCGCAAUUCACCUCAGGAGCAGUAUCACGAAUAAGACCAAAGACUCCUAUAAGACCAUAUACAACUGGCAAUAUGUGCACUCGCUUGAUUUUUGGUCUCGAGUGCUAUCUCAGCACUGCAAUGCUUUGGUUGAGGCGGAAGCUGGAAAGCAGUCCGCUUUGCGACCUUUGAUCUAUCCCGUUGUACAAAUUACACUUGGUGCUAUGCGGCUCAUCCCCACUCCUCAAUACUUCCCUCUGCGCUUCCAGCUUGCGCGUGCUCUCCUACGAAUCUCUCGUGCUACGGGUACGUAUAUUCCAUUGGCUCCGACCCUUUUGGAAGUACUCAACUCCGCCGAAAUGAGAAAGCCUCCCAAGUCGAGCACAUUGCGACCACUGGAUUUCAACACAUCUAUCCGAGCAGCCAAGUCAUAUCUCCGCACCCGCGUCUAUCAAGACGGUGUUGGUGAACAGGUUGUUGAGUUGUUGUCAGAAUUUUUUGUCCUUUGGACUAAACAUAUUGCCUUCCCUGAGCUGGCAUUGCCAGUUGUCGUCAUGUUGAAACGGUGGCUUAAAGAAGCAGGAUCACGGUCAACGGGCAACAAGAAUUCGAAGAUCAAUCAAUCAGUUCUACUUUUGGUGCAAAAGGUUGAGCUCAAUUCCCGAUGGAUCGAAGAGCGCCGAGCCAAAGUCAACUUUGCUCCAAAGAACAGGGCCGAAGUGGACAACUUUCUCAAGGAGACCGAAUGGGAGACCACUCCUCUUGGUGCCUUUGUCAAGACUCAGCGUAAACUACGGGAGGAGAAGGCAGCUAUUCUUGAACAAGGAAGACAAGAUGAAGAGAAGCAGCGACAAAAGGAACGGGAAAAUGUUGGUGAAGACGAUGUCAUGUCAGAUAUCGAUAGUGACGAUGCCAGCGAUGGGAGUGACGGCGACGAUGACGAGGAGUGA